GCUAUGAAGUCUUACAUUCCAGUUUUCAUUCUUCUGUGGAAUGCUGUUGGGAUUGCAAGGACUGCCAAAAUCGUUGUUGUGCCCACAGUUAUGUUUGAAAGCCAUCUGUAUAUUUUCAAGACCGUGGCCUCUGCCUUGCAUGAGCAAGGCCACCAGACAGUUUUCCUUCUGUCUGAGGGCAGAAAAAUCCCUCCGUCUAAUCACUAUAGACUGCUCCAUUACCCGGGGCUCUUUAAUAGCACCACCUCAGAUGAGUUUCUUCAAUCCAAAAUGAGAAAUAUCUUUUCUGGGAGACAUACCAUUCUGGAACUGUUUGACAUACUGGAUCACUAUACCAAGAACUGUGACAUGAUUGUGGGCAACAAGAAGCUCCUCCAAACCAUGAAACAGGAAAAAUUUGACCUGCUGCUAGUGGAUCCUAAUGAGAUGUGUGGAUUUGUUAUUGCUCAUCUAUUAAGGGUUAAAUAUGCUGUUUUUUCCACUGGCCUUUGGUAUCCAGCAGAAGUUGGUGCUCCAGCACCUUUAGCAUACGUUCCAGAAUUUAAUUCACUUCUCACAGAUCACAUGAAUUUGCUAGAGAGGAUCAAGAACACUCUUGUUUAUCUGGUUUCAAGAUUUGGAGUCAGUUUUUUGGUUCUGCCAAAAUAUGAAAGGAUAAUGCAGAAGUACAAUGUACAGCCAGAAAGGUCCAUGUAUGAACUGGUGCAUGGAUCCAGCCUGUGGAUGCUGUGUACUGAUGUAGCAUUAGAGUUUCCAAGACCCACGCUACCAAAUGUUGUAUAUGUGGGAGGAAUCCUUACCAAACCAGCCAGUCCUCUACCAGAAGAUCUUCAAACGUGGGUGGAUGGAGCUAAUGAAAAUGGCUUUGUACUUGUUUCAUUUGGAGCAGGAGUGAAAUAUUUGUCUGAAGAUAUAGCUCAUAAAUUGGCACAUGCUCUGGCAAGACUUCCUCAAAGAGUUAUUUGGAGGUUUUCAGGAAAUAAACCUAGGAAUUUAGGCAACAAUACAAAACUCUUAGAAUGGUUACCACAAAAUGACUUGCUUGGUCACUCUAAUAUUAAGGCCUUCCUUAGUCAUGGUGGUCUGAACAGCAUUUUUGAAACUAUGUACCAUGGCAUACCUGUGGUGGGAAUUCCUCUCUUUGGAGACCAUUAUGACACUAUGACCCGAGUUCAGUCCAAAGGCAUGGGAAUAUUACUAAACUGGAAGACUAUUACUGAGGAUGAAUUAUAUGAUGCUUUGGUGGAAGUUAUUAAUAAUCCCAGCUACCGACAACAAGCUCAGAAGCUGUCUGAAAUUCAUAAAGACCAGCCUGGUCAUCCUGUUGAGCGAACGGUCUACUGGAUUAAUUAUAUCCUUCGGCACAAUGGAGCGCAACAUCUACGUGCUGCUGUUUACACCAUUUCUUUAUACCAGUAUUUCUUAUUGGAUAUUGCCUUUGUUGUACUGCUUGGUGCUGCCUUACUUUGCUACGUUUUGUCCAGGAUAGCAAAAUUUGUCCGCAAGCAGAGCAAACAUCUUUGGUCUGCUGAUGAACACACUGCUAUUAAUGGACAUUACCAAAAUGGGAUACCAAAUGGCAAGUAUAGAAGAAAUGGCCACAUUAAACAUGAAAAAAAGGUGAAAUGAGCCAACUACCCCAUGUACAUUAGCAGUGAAUCAGUUCUAGAAUUGAAUUUUAUAGCUGUAACUUAGUUUAACACCUACUUAAAGUAAAACCUCAAUAAACAGUUCUAACGCUCCCCUACAGUAUGUAAUCUUAUGCAAUUAAAUUUUGCAGAACUAAGGGAAGUCUUUUUUAAGAAACCCAGAAAAAGAAAGCACAACCUAAAAUGCAAAAUGUAUUUUUUUCUUAAUACUGAUGCAGAAAGGUUAUUCUGGCACUGAAGUUUUUAGAAGCCUUAAUUGUCUGAUGUAAUUCAAUAAGUAUAUUUAUGGAAUCUCCAUUUGUGAAUCUAAAUGUGUGUCCCAGAUAAGGAAUGAUUUCCCUUUACUUGCAAGGGUGUUUCCUAUUUCCCUAGAUUCAUUCACAUGUCAGCAGAGAGAGCUUUGUUUUAUUUGUCUAAGGUUCGAUAUGUUAUCUGUGAAUGAUGUCACUUAUAGUCAUCUUUUCUCAAGUUUGGUACACAGUAGUUAACAAACUGCUGAAUCAAAAGACAGCCAUAUAAAUAAUAUUCUUAAAAAGCACUGAAGAAUAUGAUAACAUAUACCAGACUUUUAAU